CCGUGGAUGGUGGUUUGAAAAGCGCGCUUGUUUGAAAUGGAAAAGGGUCGUGGUCGCUUUUGGUGAAGAAGAACAUCAAGACGAAGCAGCUGCUUUAUAAGUUUGAUGCACUGUUGAGCUCUUACAUCUCGAGGGGGUUUGUGCUGAUUGUACGGAGAUUGUGACAGUCUAUUAAAUGGCGUAUCUUGAGAAGGCAAGAUGUAACGUUAUGUCAGAAUAAGUGCAGUAUUAACAUAAGGAGACAUAUACUUAGAAUACGGAGGAGGAAUGGAGGGGAAAAGAGAGGCAGAGGUCUAAGAGAGGGAGGAAGACAUGAGCUUGAGUCGGUUAAAAAUGUCGGGGGGAAAAGUAAGAUGCUGUGUUAAAGAAGAAUGGUAGAAAGUGUAUGAUCUGCAGGGCCAGUGAGAGGCUGUGGCUGCCCCACCCCCAGUAGCUGUCACCACGGCGGGGGACAUCAAGACCUCCGUCUGCAGGGUGGUCAUCUACCUUCAGAGGGACAUGUCUGGGGACAGCUGCCAGCUCCCCCUGCACCGGCUAUGCCUCCAGACCCAGGCCAUCACCACUGGCUCCCAAGCCAUUAGACCUUACCAUGAAGGUAUACAUGGAACAGUGGGCAAUCAGGGCAGCGCCUCCCAGAUGGCGUGUCCCAAGUCCAAGACGUGCAGCUACAGAGCAGCGUUGGGCCUGGGUAACAAGUAUGUGCGUCUAAACGUAGGGGGGACCCUAUUCUACACCACGCUGCAGGUGCUCACUAGGCAGGACUCCAUGCUGAAGGCCAUGUUCAGUGGCAAGAAGGAGGUUUUCAUUGACAGAGAAGGCUGGAUCCUGAUAGAUCGUUGUGGGAAGCACUUUGCCUCCAUCCUGACGUACCUGCGGGAGGAAGCGGUCACCUUGCCCCCUGGCAGGCAGGGGGUUCUGGAGCUGCUGGCAGAGGCCAAGCAUUACCUGAUCCAGGGUCUGGUGGAGCUGUGCCAGGGAGGCCUGCAGGACCAGAAAGAGCAGUCUCUGUGUGUCAUCCCUGUGAUCACCUCUGCCAAGGAGGAGGUGAGACUGAUCCAGGCCUGCACCAAACCUGUAGUGAAGCUGCUGUACAACCGAAGCAACAACAAGUACUCCUAUACAAGUAACUCAGACGACAACCUGUUGAAGAACAUUGAGCUGUUUGACAAGCUGUCUCUGAGCUACAAUGGCCGCGUUCUCUUCAUCAAGGACGUGAUCGGCGACGAGAUCUGCUGCUGGUCGUUCUACGGACAGGGACGCAAACUGGCAGAGGUCUGCUGCACAUCCAUAGUCUACGCCACAGAGAAAAAACAGACCAAGGUAGAGUUCCCGGAGGCCAGGAUCUACGAGGAGACCCUGAACGCUCUGCUCUACGAGACACUUCCUGUCCCUGACGACACCUUAUUGGAGGCCACACGCCGUCGCCACGCCCAUAGCCACGCUCACUGUGGUUCCCACAGCGAGGAGGAGGAAGGCCCCGCCCACUCGGGGGUGGACCUUAGGGAGCGCGUGCGCCGCUCUCACGUCAAGAGGUACAGCACCUACGACGACCGGCCGCUGGGACACUAAGGAUCCAGUUCAAAUGGCACACUAUUAAGUGUACUACACCAUUCAAAUCCUCAACUCCCCGUCUCCUGGUCAGCCACAUCUCAAGGAGAGCCUCCCCCCAAAAAAAUGGAGUUCGGUGAUUCGUCAACUUCUUAUCAGCACCACCAAUUGCUUCUACUGCAGUCCUUGGUGAGAGUGAGAGUUGGCUCCCAAAUGGUGCCCUGUUCCCCAUCCUAUGCCCAUAUGGCACUGGCCAAAAGUAGUGCAUUAUGUAGGGAAAAGGGUGCAAGAGAGAGGAAACUGGCUCGCCGUUGGCUCUUCACUCAUUCACUACACCCACCGUUGAAGUACUGUUGUUGGUGGCCACAAAUAUGGCCUUGGGGCACAAAAUGGCUGCCAUGCUGCAUCACCCUGGUGCCUGACAGACUUUUUUUGUCGAUAGACAACUGAUGGUUUUUAAAACGUUGAGAUGCUUACGCUCUUUCUCCUUUUUUAAAUUUAUAUAGAACUCUCUUCUUCGCAACACAAUCAAAUCUGUGUGUUCAAUCAAUGUGGGGCGGCAGGGUAGCCUAGUGGUUAGUGCGUUGGGCUUUGAAUCCCCGAGCUGACAAGGUACAAAUCUGCCAUUCUGCCCCUGAACAGGCAGUUAACCCACUGUUCCCAGGCCGUCAUUGAAAAUAAGAAUUUGUUCUUAACUGACUUGCCUAGUUAAAUAAAGGUAAAAUUAAAAAAUUGAAAAUCAAAAUGACGAUCUUCAUGUUAUACCUCGGGUCUAGAAUGGAACCGAUAAGAUAUAAUUUAGUAUUUUAUUCAGCCUAAUAUAGGCUGCAUUCUAUUUCCUGUAUUGUGCACUACUUUUGACCAGGGUCCAAAUGUAGUGCACUACAGAGUAUAGAAGUAUGUGUAAAUACAGGCGACAAUAUUGAUAAGUCACCUAGUCCGAGAGAGAGCGUUACAUCAUCAAAACGUCACGCCAGGGUAAGUCUACAUGAAACACAGCCCUUAUUUUUAAGUGCUUCCUAAAAAUCUACGAGCAAAAAAUAAACGGUGGAAAUACAAUUGGGAACCAUUUCCCUGUUUAACCGCUAGGUUUUAUGGGUAUUGUGGGGAUCUUUAUAGGGAAUAGGGUGCCAUUUUGAGACAGUCCAAUACUGUCAUCACUUCAGCAGCCAAUCACAUAUCAGAUAGGUCUCCAGACCACCAAUAGGAAACCACCGGACUGUUAGACACAGAUUCAUUUAUUAUACAGCGAAAGACAAUUUUUUGGGGGUGUUGUGUGACAAGUUAUAGAUUCAAAAUCAGCUAUCAUAGCCCUAUUGCCUUCUGUGAAUAGACAGGGAAGACGAUGAAUGUUUUCUUUUUUUUUUUUUUUUUUUGUGUGUGUGUUUUUUUUUUAAAGAGUAUAUUUAUAGUUUUUCCGAUUUUCUCAUAUCACAUUUUGACAUAUAAAUCAUGCCAAAGACUUUCAAUGAAAUUAACAUGAGGGACACAUUCAGCGACGUCUAUGAAUCGUUCAUCUCGUCACCCAGAUACUCCGGCCCGAUGCUUUUGUGCAGUAUCCCCUGGGGACGAGGUUAAUGAAUGGCAGAUCGUGCUUAUUGACAAUUUCAAUCAAGUAUUCACUCAAGACAUUUCCUCUUAACACUCUUAAGAGCCUCUUGUGUUUUUAAUGCAGUUCAAUCUUUAUUCCUUUUUAUUUUUCACUUGGUUUUCGAAAAAUAAAAAAGUUUCGAAUAAUAAUAAUAAUAAUAAUACAACAAAUAGCGCCGUCUUUGUGUAACAGUGUUGGGCUCUUAAUUCUCAGAGUAAAUAAAACUCUACGGACACUAUGAAAGUUUAA